AUGACAGACAAUUAUCUUCAUCAAUCAACAGAUAAAAUUGAAUCUAUCACAGUUAAAAUGUUUCAACCAAAUAUGGAUUCGAUACCUUCAUUUUCACUUCCACCUGACUAUUCAAUUGAAUUAUAUAAACCAAAUUUUAAUGAUGAUGAAAAAUGGGCAGAAAUUAUUUCAGCUGCAGGUGAAUUUCGAACUGUUCAACAAAAUCAUGAAUUAUUUACAAAGACAUUUUUAAAUCAUAAAAAUAGUCAUUUAUUAUUUGAACGACUUUAUUUUUUAGUUAAUCCUAAAGGAAGAUAUAUUGGCACGGCAAUGGCUUGGUUAGAUAAACUUGAUGGCAACGAAUAA